CUGCUCUCCACUUCCUCUCCUCAACUAGAGCUUUUAAAUUGGCAAAAAAACAGGAAAAAAAGGAGGAAAAACUAGAGCUUCUGAAACCCUUUUGGUAUCAGUUUCAGAGCAAGUAAAAUGAUGAUGUCUGUAUCCUCUGUCUGUUAUACUCCAGCCCUCGAUCUUUCCACUAGGAGGACAGCCUUACCCUUGACGGAUAGAACUCAUUUCAAUGCACUUGUAGCAUCAGGGAGGCCCUUGCUUCCCCUUAAGCACUUCGUUUCCGUUUCAGCUGUAGCCACUUCCAAUUCCGUGCUCAGUGAAGAGGCCUUCAAGGGGCUCGGCAGCCUCUCUCUAAGCCAGGAUGAAGAGGAGGAAGAGAUGUCGUCGGAGCAAGACGAACUCGACAUUUCCAAGUUAGAUUUGCCACAGCGCCUCGUAGAUAUCCUUCAGAAACGCGGCAUCAGCCAUCUCUUCCCCAUUCAGAGAGCUGUAUUGAUACCAGCACUAGAAGGUAGAGAUCUUAUUGCUCGUGCAAAAACAGGAACUGGGAAGACUUUAGCAUUUGGGAUCCCAAUAAUUAAACGCCUUACUGAACCUACUGAUAGGAGAAAUUCUCUUAGGUCUGGUCGGCUUGCUAGAGUUUUAAUCCUUGCACCUACUAGGGAGUUAGCAAAGCAAGUAGAGAAAGAAAUUAAAGAGUCUGCACCCUAUUUAAAUACUGUUUGUGUUUAUGGAGGGGUUUCUUACAAUACACAGCGAAAUGCUCUUUCUCGUGGGGUUGAUGUGGUAGUUGGGACUCCCGGUCGUAUCAUUGACCUGAUAGAAAGUAAAGACCUUAAAUUGGGGGAAGUUGAAUAUUUGGUACUGGAUGAAGCUGAUCAGAUGCUUGCAGUUGGAUUUGAGGAGGACGUGGAAGAAAUUUUAGAAAAUCUUCCUCCAAAGAGGCAGAGCAUGCUUUUCUCUGCAACCAUGCCCGCUUGGGUUAAAAAGUUGGCAAGGAAAUACCUGGAUAAUCCUCUAAACAUUGAUUUGGUUGGUGAUCAAGAUGAAAAGCUUGCUGAAGGGAUCAAACUUUAUGCAAUAUCAACCACUUCAACUUCAAAGCGAACCAUUCUUAGCGAUCUUGUAAUGGUUUAUGCAAAGGGUGGGAAGACUAUUGUAUUUACACAGACAAAACGAGAUGCUGAUGAGGUAUCAUUGGCUUUAACAAAUAGCAUAGCUUCUGAGGCAUUACAUGGAGAUAUAUCUCAACAUCAGAGGGAGCGAACAUUGAAUGGUUUUCGCCAAGGAAAAUUUACCGUUCUUGUUGCCACUGAUGUGGCAUCUCGUGGGCUUGAUAUCCCUAAUGUUGAUCUAGUGAUCCACUAUGAGCUUCCAAAUGAUGCAGAGACUUUUGUGCAUCGCUCUGGUCGCACUGGACGUGCAGGAAAGGAAGGUUCUGCCAUUCUGAUGUUUACCAACAGCCAGAGGAGAACCGUUCGAUCCCUUGAACGUGAUGUGGGUUGCAAGUUUGAGUUCAUCAGUCCUCCAGCUAUUGAAGAGGUUUUGGAGUCAUCAGCUGAACAAGUUGCAGCUACUCUUAGAGGAGUUCAUCCUGAAUCUGUAGAGUUUUUCACCCCAACUGCCCAAAGGCUAAUUGAAGAACAAGGGACAUCUGCUCUUGCUGCAGCACUAGCGCACUUGAGUGGAUUUUCUUGUCCUCCUUCAUCGCGGUCACUUAUCAAUCAUGAACAGGGAUGGGUAACAUUGCAAUUGACAAGAGAUCCAUCUCAUGCUAGAAGAUUCCUGUCUGCUAGAUCUGUCACUGGGUUCCUUUCAGAUGUAUACUCUGCAGCAGCUGACGAAGUUGGGAAAAUAUAUUUGAUUGCUGAUGAAAGGGUUCAAGGAGCAGUUUUUGAUCUUCCCGAAGAGGUAGCAAAAGUGUUGCUGACUAAGCAAAUACCACCGGGAAACUCUAUUAACAAGAUCACAAAGUUGCCUCCUUUGCAAGAUGAUGGGCUGUCAAGUGAUAAUUAUGGCAGGUUUUCUAGCAGGGACCGUUUCUCUCGAGCAAGUUCUAAGGAUAGGAGAGGUUUCAGAGCCUCGCAGGGUUGGAGAGACUCUGAUGAUGAGGACCGUGGUGGUAGAAGUAGGUGGACACGGAUUUCAAGUAACAGUGGGGGUGAUUGGCUUAUUGGUAAUAGGAGAUCAAACAGGUCAUCAUCCCGUGACAGAGGCUUUGGUGGUUCCUGCUUUAACUGUGGGCGCUCGGGGCAUAGGGCAUCUGAAUGCCCAAACAACCAGAAUUAUUAAUACACUAGGGUUUCAGUCUUGCAACUGCCAUGGGCAUUGCUUUUGGGAAAGCACAGGAAGUAACCUAGUUGAGAGAUGCUCCAUGAGUUACAGAACUAUCAUUUAGAUCGCUCUGCUGUUCUGUCUGUGGCAGAACCCAUUUGAUGUGACGAGAGGAUGUUCUUACAUUUCUCUGAUAGUCUCUCUCUUUUCUAAUAGAAGUUGAAUUAACCAGUACUAGUUCAUAGCCUCCCAUCAUUUAAUGGGCGGAUUUAUAGUUUCAGAUUUUCCUAUCAAAACAGCUUCAAAAAGAGAUGAAUAGCAAUUCAAGUUGAGCUUCAUAUUCACAAACUUGUUGAUCUUUAUUUGUACUUUGUAUUGCUUGACUGGGGAAUGCUUAGGGAAGACAAUUUUCAUUUUACAUCUUGGUACAUUGCUGCUUUCCAUUAUAGGUAACUGACUGAAUGCACUCUAUCAAAUAUUGUUUAGUGAAAGAAACCAUAUGUCAACAAAUAUGGUUAACAUUGUCAAUAAAUUAUAGUCUUUUCU